AUGCUUUCUCUUCCGGCUCACCAAAAGAGGACACUUGUGAUAGCAUCAUAUGUCUCCCUGUCUGGUCUUCUCUAUGGCCUUGACACCGGCUCUAUCGGUCCAAUUACGACUAUGCCUCAGUUUAGCGAGUCCAUUGGCAUCCUGACCCCGGCUCGGCAAGGCAUCUACGUGGCGUCUAUCCUCCUGGCCGCGGCAGCUUCAUCUCUCGCCAGCGGGCACGUAUCAGACGCCAUCUCCCGGCGCUACAGCAUCCUCGCCGGGGGCCUCCUCAGCAUCGUCGGCACGGUAUUAUCCGCCGCAUCCCCAAGCUUCGCCGUCCUCAUCCUGGCCCGCGUGAUCAGCGGCGUCGGCUACGGCCAGUGCAUCGCAGUCUCGACCGUCUACCUAAUCGAGCUGGCCCCGAAGUCCAUACGCGGCGUUGCCGCAUGUACGGUCCAGCUCUACAUGGUGCUCGGAAUCAGCAUCGGGUACUUCAUCGCGUACGGCUCGCAAUCCAUCCCGAAUAGCAUGGCCUGGCGCAUUCCUUUCAUCGCCCAGGCCUGCUGCGCCGCUGUCUUGACGGCGGGUGUCUUCUUCAUCCCCUUCUCGCCGCGGUGGCUGUUGCAGGAUGGAAGGAGAGACCAGGCGGUCGAGGUUCUCACCAGGUUUCGAGGAAGCAGCUUGGAAGUCCAACGGGAAAUGGGCGAGAUUGACACGAGCCUCGAGGAGAACAAACACACGGACAGCAUGGGGUUUCUCGUCAUGUUCCAGCAACGCUAUUUCAAGAGGACCGCUCUGGGCGUGUUCUUGAUGUCAUUUCAGCGCUUGACUGGAAUCGAUGUUGUGCUGUACUACGCCCCCAUCAUAUUCCAGCAGGCGGGCAUUAACUCAACUCAAUCGACCUUCGUGGCUUCCGGCGUCAGCGGACUCGUCAUGCUCAUCGCCACGAUCCCAGCCCAAAUCUGGAUCGAUCGCUGGGGAAGGCGACGGCCGUUGAUCUACGGUGGUGCAGCAAUGUCGGCAUGCCUCAUUGUGAUUGGCUCACUGUAUGCUAGGUUUAGCGUCCACGAUGAGCACGGCAUCAAGAUGAGUUCGAGCACUGCGGAAUGGUCUGUCAUUGUCUUGACGUACAUAUUCGUUGCCAAUUUCUCCUGGUCAUGGGCGGUCGUCGCGAAGAUAUACGCCUGUGAGAUCAUCCCGACGCAUAUCAGAGCGAAGGUAGCGUCUCUAGAGCUACUCGCAAACUGGAUGGUGGACUUUGCCGUUACCAUGUCGGCGCCCCUGUUCCUCCAGUCGUCUCCCAGCAGCCCAUACUUCUUGUAUGGGUUUGCCACUGUGCUUGCGGUUGCCGUGUGCGUCAUGAUGCCGGAGACUCAGGGGAAGUCUUUGGAAGAAAUCGAGAGGGAGUUCGAGAAACCGAAGGACAUACCUUUGCCGAUAACAUCCACUUCGGCUUGA